AUGGUAGGAGUAGCAUUCGAUGUCGGAGCCGUUCCUUUCAACCCAGACGGAUGGGGCCCAAUGGAUUCCACCACCGCCGCUAACAACAACAACGACCUCCCUCUCAACGUCCCCUUCGCCCCUUUCUCCCGCUCCGACAAACUAGGUCGAAUCGCCGAUUGGACUCGCAACUUCAACAACCAGACCCGAUCCAAAAACCCUGCUGAUUCCGCCUUCGAUUUCACCCUCGACGAUUCCUUCCCAGGCAACGCCGAUGACGACGCCACAUUCCGUCUCGUUGAUGGCAAACCACCACCGCGUCCCAAAUUCGGCCCCAAAUGGAGAUACCAGCAACAACGACAACUUCCUCAACGUCGCGAUGAGGAAGUCGAAGCAAAGAAACGUGAGGCGGAGAAGGAGAGAGCUCGUCGCGAUCGGCUUUAUCAUCAGAAUCGUUCAAACCCUAAUAAUCCUCGCCGUGAAGCUGCGGUUUGCAAAUCGUCGGUUGAUAUUCAGCCGGAGUGGAAUAUGCACGAUCAGAUCCCGUUUUCGACUUUCACCAAGCUAUCCUACAAUGUUCCUGAGCCUGAAGAUCUUCUCCUAUGUGGUGCUCUUGAGAAUUAUGACCGUAGCUUCGACCGAAUCAACCCCAAAAAUGAGCGUCGUCUUGAGAGAUUCAAGAAUCGGAACUUCUUUAAGGUUACAACCACUGAUGACCCUGUUAUCAGGAGGCUAGCUAAUGAGGAUAAAGCAACAGUUUUUGCAACUGAUACUAUUCUGUCGACUCUCAUGUGUGCUCCCAGGUCUGUUUACUCUUGGGAUAUCGUUGUUCAGCGUGUUGGCAAUAAGUUGUUCUUUGAUAAGCGGGAUGGGUCGCAGUUGGAUUUGCUUUCUGUUCAUGAGACCUCACAGGAGCCUUUGCCUGAAGCUAAAGAUGAUAUUAACUCUGCUCAUUCUUUGAGUGUUGAAGCUGCUUAUAUCAAUCAGAAUUUCUCUCAGCAAGUAUUGAUUAGGGAUGGGAACAAGGUUACUUUUGAUGAGCCUAACCCUUUUGCUAACGAGGGUGAAGAGGUUGCUUCUGUUGCUUAUAGGUAUAGAAGGUGGAAGCUUGAUAAUGAUAUGUAUCUUGUUGCUAGGUGUGAGGUGCAUAGUGUUGUUGAAUUGAAUAAGCAAAGGUCAUUCCUUACUGUGAAUGCUUUGAAUGAGUUUGAUCCAAAGUAUUCCGGUGUUGACUGGAGGCAGAAGUUGGAGACUCAAAGAGGUGCUGUUUUGGCUACUGAGCUCAAGAACAAUGCUAACAAGUUGGCUAAGUGGACUGCACAAGCUCUUUUGGGUAGUGCUGAUAUGAUGAAGUUGGGUUAUGUGUCUCGGAUUCAUCCCCGGGACCAUUUUAAUCAUGUUAUCUUGGGUGUGGUUGGAUAUAAACCCAAGGACUUUGCUGCACAAAUUAAUUUGAACACUACCAAUAUGUGGGGUAUUGUGAAAUCUAUUGUGGACUUGUGUAUGAAGUUGAAUGAGGGGAAAUAUGUUAUUGUGAAGGAUCCAUCUAAGCCUCAGAUUAGGAUUUAUGAAGUUCCAGUUGAUGCAUUUGAGAAUGACUAUGUGGAAGAGCCACUUCCUGAAGAUGAACAAGUUCAGCCUACGGCAGAGGGUGCUGAUGGUGGAGAGGAAGCUGUUGCUACUACAAAUGACGUGGAAGAUAAGGCAAUUGAUGCUCAAGCUUAA